AAAUGAUAAUUAAGAUGCCAGUAGUGAAACCAAAACAAAAGUAUUCAAACACACAAGAGCUGUAAAAAUGCUUUUUUGACAAUUAGUCACAUGUUAUUACUUGUCCCUAUGCUACUUGGAAAGAAGUUGUUCUGCAUGGCUUUAGAGGAACACCAUUUUAUACUAGUGUCCAAGAUAAACCUCGCUAUGAUGCUAUUUGGCUCAAUGAUGAAUUCACUUGGCGAUGAAUAUAUGAUUCUUUUCUAUAUGUAUUUGUCAGGUAAACUGGAAAUGCAGAAAUGAGCAUCAUGUCAUAAGGUUGGUCCACCGAAAAUCACAAGACUUGAUCGAAAAAGCUAAGGAAGAUGCAAUACUAGAAGUGAUCGGCCGGCCCGUAACGUGUUUGAUUUUAUUUUCCUUUCAUAUGAUUAUGGUUUUUAAAGAUUAGUCUAUAGUAUUUCCUUUUGGCUUAUUACCAAGCAAGCUGUCAAUUAAAGGUCUCUGACCAUUUGUGUCAAUCAUUCAUAACCAACAACAGCCAUACUUCUAAAUUAUGAUAAGCAUGGUAAUUGACAAAAUAAUCACAAGAAUAUAGUAACUAUAAUCGUGAUGAGCUGUUUGACUAUAAUAAUUAUGUAAGUUGUUGGUCUUCAAAGUCCUUCUACAAAUGGCCAUGGCUAAUUAAUUUUCGAACUCAUUAAAAGAAAGAGUUUGAUGACCUUUUAAAAGCCACCUUUUCUAAAUUAAUAUAUACGAACAAGCCAAUCUCUGCCUUAUGACAUAGUAUAACUUAUCUUUAGAAUUCAGUGGAAAAAAAAAAUAUCAUUAGAAGAAUGAUUAAAUACCAAAUUAAUAGAAAUUACGAGUCUAAUGUUUAUUCCACUAGCUUUCUUUACCCUAAUUUUCUUUUGUGUUUUUGAUGUAAAAAUAAUUAUUUCUUUAGUUUUUUUUUUCUGUCACAAAAAUUAUUUCUUUAGUAUCUAAGACUUUUUAAACGAAUAUUCUAGUAUAUACACUAAUCAAUUAACAGAAGACAGCUAAUUCGCUUGUGAGCAGUCCAUUAAUAUAUAUUGUGUUAGGUUCCCCAAUAGCAAGUCUAUUGUAGAAAAAGGUUUUGGAUGAGUGUUUUACACGAUAUUAAAGCUUUUCUUAUAAUUUCAUAUUUUUGUGAAAGUAUUGAACAAAAAACUCUUAGCUCAAAUUCAACAUAUAUUCGUACACAGGUUGCAGUAUAUCAUAAUAUACUUGACAAUAUUUGCGGAUCCGUGAAUCACUCUUUGCUAUAAAGGCCUCGAAACAAGAUUAGACAUAUGAUAUGAUAUCUAACACAUGGUCCAAUACAAUUAAAAUAUGAUAUCUAACAAUUGGGUUAAUCCUUUUGAUACUGCUUUUAUACAAUUAUAGUUUAUAAUAAUUGGAUAGGAAGAAUAUGUUAUAUGCAAACUAAUACAAAUCAGUUUGUGUAGUUUAAUCAGUCUAUUUUUCAGGUGGUCAGCGUAAUUAUGUUGUCAACUUCACGCCCUAACAGCUAGUCAUCGGUUGCUUAAAACGUACACAAAGACAAAACUCCUAAAGACAUGGCUCGUGACUUUGUCAUUUCUAUUCUAAUAUAUCUAUUUUACCCUCCUCCUCACAUUUUUCACACAAUCAUCCAUCGCUGAUUCAUUGCGUCCGUCCGUUAAACCGGUUUAACUAACAUCAAGACUGGGUUAUUCUAUUCCAUCACCACAACAACAUUGUGACGAGACUAAACCGUUUCUCAUUACUAUUACUAUUACUAUUACAGUUACUAUUAGUUAUAUUUUUGGAAAGUAAUCUUAUGAAAUUUGUGGUGCCAUUUUCACAAAUACUUUUUAAAUAUUUAAUCUAAAACUUAUAUAAUGCCUAAUCAAUUAGUUGGAUUUUUUCUACAUACUUUUAUUAAAUUUACUAUAAAACUUAUUAUAUAUAGUGGUGCUGUAUAAUAUUUUUUUUAUAUUGUUAGUCAUUUAUCUGUAAAUACACAAUAUUAUAUAUAAGUAUCUUUCCAGACGGUUUUAGCAAAAGAAAGUUGAUUUUUUUUUGCUGACUAAUAUUGUGAUCAGUAUGGUAAUUGGUAAAUGUUGGAGAUGUAAGUUUGGCCGCCAAACAGCCAUCUAAACGUCUACGCAGUUGAUUUUUUACUAGUUGUACGACUAAUUAAAGCCUAGUGUAGGCACUCUUCUAGCUCUCAAUCUCAAGUAAGUCCUCGUUGGCGUCGAUGGCCUGAAACACCAAUUUGAUACUAUUGAGAGCAAAACGUAAAUAGUGUAAAAUUAUAGGGUAAACGUAAAACCUGGCCCUAAACAAAAGGAUGACAUAAAGCAAAAAAAAGAAUGUAGCUUUAAGAAACAAGAUCUUUUUUUUUUUUUUUUUUUUUUUUUUAAGAAACAAGAUCUUAUUUAAGAAAUAAGCUUCUCUCUCAGAUUAACAGAAGAAGGCCACGAAAGAAUAAGAUUCUUAAGACCUAAAGGUCCUUCCUUGGUCGGUUAAAGAGAAAUGUUGUGUAGAAUGGUGGUGGUUAACAGCCGGAAGAAGAAACCCGGUUUGGUUCCGGUUUACCUGAAUGUAUACGAUCUCACUCCCAUCAAUGGCUACGCUUACUGGUUAGGACUCGGUGUCUACCACUCUGGCGUUGAAGUUCAUGGGGUUGAAUACGGUUUCGGAGCUCACGAGCAUUCAACAACGGGAAUCUUCGAGGUGGAACCGAAGCAGUGUCCAGGCUUCACUUUCAGGAAGUCUAUUUUGAUUGGAAGAACAGAGUUGGAUCCUCAACAAGUCUGUGCCUUUAUGGAGAAGCUAGCUGAAGGGUACUGCGGAAACACGUACCAUCUCAUUACCAAGAACUGUAAUCACUUCUGCAACGAUGUUUGUGUUCGGCUGACAAGAAGAUCUAUCCCUAGUUGGGUUAACCGUCUUGCUCGCUUCGGUUUGUUCUGCAACUGUGUUCUGCCGGCAGAGCUGAACGAGACAAAGGUGAGGCAGGUGAGAUCAAAAGAGGAGAAGAUCCCGGAAGUGAAGAAACUUAGGAGCAGGUCAAGUAGGUUUCCACCUAGCUCUUCACUUUCUUCAUCAGGUUCUUUAAACCGAAACCGAAGAGGUGAAAGGAGAAGACAGUGUCUUCCUCCAACACAACCUGUGAGUGCUUAGCUCUAGUCCUUAUAAUGAUCCCAAGAAGUUAUGUUUAUGUGAACAAAUAUAUUUCUUGAUGAUAAUGGUAUAAGAUCUUCACAUUA